CUGAACAAGCAUUGUGUUAUCAUUCUGAGCAAGCGUGAUCGGAUAUACUGUAGCAAAUCAUUCGGUACACCUGCUGCUCAAGAAACUCAGAGCGCUAUUCAAGAACGUAGCAGAACCGAAAAUUUUGAAACAAACGUUUCGGAAGGUACCAGAGACCUUGCCCAGAAAUUUGAUCAACCUGUCGAACAACUGGGUUUGGAGAAAGAAGCUGAUUCCAGCGAUUCUGGUCGGGGGAAAGAAACGCAAAAAAAACGGCAAAGUACUUCUCCGAUGAGUGCGAUGUGUACCAUCUGUCCAAAGAGGCCUCUACAAUUGAAUGAACGUGAUCCCACUGCGAAAUGCUAUAUUUUGCUGAAGAAUAUGACAUGCAGUGUUAGUUUGUAUGAUAUCGCCGGGAAUAUACAUUUGCUGUAUGAACUGUAUCAACAACAAUUUAUGCCGCGGAUACUCAUCAAGGAAGUGAUUUCCCUGGCGAAAGUGGCGACUUGGGAGAAGGAGAUGCUUGAUCACUGCAGGGGAAAGCUUUGCUUGCUGAUUGGCAAAGGAGAUGCUCAGUUUGGCCCACCUGUUGUUGAUUAUUUGCGGAAAAGAGAAGUUGCUGGACACAUCAAGUUGACGAACUUCCUCCUGCUUAUCUUUGCUCCUUGUGAUCUGGCUUGUCGGCUGGUCCAAACUUACGCACCUAAUUUAACUUCUUUCACUCCUGACUGCGAUGAUUUACUAUUUGCUAUGUUCAAGAGUGCAGUUUAA